GAGGAGCUCCGUCCUCGCUCUACUCCACGCUGCCCGACACCUCCGAGAUCCAGUUCGCCAGGGAGAUGACCGAGCUGCAGAGCGAGAGUAAAUAUAAAGAGGACGGGAGGAGGAGCGUCUCUCAGAGCAUCUACUCUCAGCUGCCGGAGACUGUCCAGACUCAGUUCGCUAAAGCUGUGUCCGAGCUGCAGAGCGAGACCAAGUACAAGGAGGCGGGUAAGAAGGAGGUGAACUCCUGUUUGUACUCGCUUCUCCCUGAGACUUUAGAGACGGUCCACGCCAAGGAGGUAUCGGAGCUGCUCAGCCAGGUAAAGUACAAAGAAGACGGUAAAAAAGAGAUGAGCGUCAACUUGUACUCUCUGCUGCCCGAGACCAUCGACACCCAACACGCCAAAGAGGUGUCCAACCUGCAGAGCGAGGUGAAGUACAAGGAAGGUCUGAAGGAGAAGAUUCAGAGCAGUUUGUACCACCAGCUGCCAGAAACCACAGAGACCCGGCUGGCCAAACAACUGACGGAGCUGCAGAGCGAGGCAAAGUAUAAAGAGGCCGGUAAGAAGGAGGUGAACACCUGCCUGUACGCUCUUCUUCCUGAAACCCUGCAGACACAGCACGCUAAAGAGGCUGCAGAGCUGCUCAGCGAGAUCAAGUACAAGGAGAUCGGUAAGAAGGAGAUCUCCAGCUCGCUGUACUCCACGCUGCCCGACACGACAGAGACCAGCUUCGCCCGGGAGUUGAGCGACAUGCAGAGCGAGCUCAAAUACAAAGAGGACGGGAGGAGGAGCGUCUCUCAGAGCAUCUACUCUCAGCUGCCAGAGACCGCCCAGACUCAGUUUGCUAAAAGUGUGUCCGAGCUGCAGAGCGAGAUGAAGUACAAAGAAGCUGGGAAGAAAGACGUUUCCAGCUCUCUGUUUUCUGCUCUGCCGGAGACUCGGGACACGCUGCACGCCAGAGAGGCCUCAGAGCUGCAGAGCCAGCUGAAGUACACUGAGGGGAUGAAGAAAGGCCUGUCCUCCAGCCUGUACCACCUGCUGCCCGAGACCAUCGAAACAGCUCGCGCCAAAGAAGUUUCAGAGCUCCUCAGCGAGAUUAAGUACAAAGAGGACGGCAAGAAGGACAUGAGCAUCAACUUGUACUCCGUGAUGCCCGAGACCAUCGACACCCAACACGCUAAAGAGGCGUCCAGCCUGCAGAGCGAGGUGAAGUAUAAGGAGGGUCUGAAGGAGAAGAUUCAGAGCAGUUUGUACCACCAGCUGCCAGAAACCACAGAGACCCGGCUGGCCAAACAGCUGACAGAGCUACAGAGCGAGGUCAAGUACAAGGAGGCUGGUAAGAAGGAGGCGAGCAGCAGCCUGUACUCCCUGCUGCCUCACACCAUGGAGACUCAACACGCUAAAGAAGCUGCACAGCUGCUCAGUGAGAUCAAGUACAAGGAGAGUGGUAAGAAGGAGAUCUCCAGCUCGCUGUACUCCACGCUGCCCGACACGACAGAGACCAGCUUCGUCCGGGAGAUAAGCGACAUGCAGAGCGAGAGCAAAUACAAGGAAGGCGUGAGGAAGAGCGUCUCUCAGAGCAUCUACUCUCAGCUGGCAGAGACCGCCCAGACUCAGUUCGCUAAAACUGUGUCUGAACGGCAGAGCGAGAUGAGGUACAAAGAAGCAGGGAAGAAAUCGUCCGGCUGCCUGUUCUCCACGAUGCCUGAGACCCGGGACACGCUGCACGCCAAAGAGGCCUCAGAGCUGCAGAGCCAGCUGAAGUACACUGAGGGAAUGAAGAAAGGCCUGUCCUCCAGCCUGUACCACCUGCUGCCCGAGACCAUCGAAACAGCUCGCGCCAAAGAAGUUUCAGAGCUCCUCAGCGAGAUUAAGUACAAAGAGGACGGCAAGAAGGACAUGAGCAUCAACUUGUACUCCGUGAUGCCCGAGACCAUCGACACCCAACACGCUAAAGAGGCGUCCAGCCUGCAGAGCGAGGUGAAGUAUAAGGAGGGUCUGAAGGAGAAGAUUCAGAGCAGUUUGUACCACCAGCUGCCAGAAACCACAGAGACCCGGCUGGCCAAACAGCUGACGGAGCUGCAGAGCGAGAUCAAGUACAAGGAGGCCGGUAAGAAGGAGGCGAGCAGCAGCCUGUACUCCCUGCUGCCUCACACCAUGGAGACUCAACACGCUAAAGAAGCUGCACAGCUGCUCAGCGAGGUCAAGUACAAGGAGAGCGGUAAGAAGGAGAUCUCCAGCUCGCUGUACUCCACACUGCCCGACACGACAGAGACCAGCUUCGCCCGGGAGAUGAGCGACAUGCAGAGCGAGAAAAAAUACAAGGAGGAGGGGAAAAAGAGCGUCUCUCAGAGCAUCUACUCUCAGCUCCCGGAGACCGCCGAGACUCAGUUUGCUAAAACUGUGUCCGAGCUGCAGAGCGAGAUGAAGUAUAAAGAGGCGGGGAAGAAGGAAAUGUCCAGCGCUCUGUACUCGACUCUGCCCGAGACUCUGGACACGCUGCACGCUAAAGAGGCGUCUGAGCUGCAGAGCCAGCUGAAGUACAAACAGGGCCUGAAGAAGGAAGCCUCCUCCAGUCUGUACCACCUGAUGCCGGAGACCAGCGAGACUCAGUUCGUCAAAGAGCAGUCGGAGAUGCUCAGCGAGGUCAGGUAUAAAGAAGACGGUAAGAAGGAGCUGAGCGUGAACCUGUUCUCUCUGCUUCCUGAGACUCUGGACACCCAACACGCCAAAGAGCUGGCAGACAUGCAGAGCGAGGCUAAAUACAAAGAGGCCAGUAAGAAGCAGGUUUCCACGUCUCUGUACCACCGUCUGCCUGAAACUCUGGAGACGCAACACGCCAAAGAGGCUUCACAGCUGCAGAGCCAGAUCUUGUACAAAGAGGCUGGUAAGAAGGAGCUCUCUGGUCCGGUUUACCAUCAGCUCCCUGAGACCCUGGAGACCCAGUUUGCCCGAGAGCAGAGCGACCUGCAGAGCCAAAACAAGUACAAGGAGGAGGGGAGGAGGAGCGUCUCUCAGAGCAUCUACUCUCAGCUGCCGGAGACCGCCGAGACUCAGUUCGCUAAAGCUGUGUCUGAGCUGCAGAGCGAGAUGAAGUACAAGCAGGCGGGCAGGCGGCAAGCCGGCGGCUGUCUGUACUCUGUGAUGCCAGAAACCCUGGAGACUCAGCACGCCAAGCAGGCCUCGCACAUCCAGAGCCAGGUGAAAUACAGGGAGGCGUCGCAGAAGGAGGUCUCGUCCUCCCUCUUCUCCUCCCUCCCUCAGACCAUCCAGACCGAGCUGGCCAAGGAGGUGUCAGAGAUCCAGAGCCAGGUGAAAUACAAAGAGGGCGGUAAGAAGGAGGCGUCCUCUGCUCUGUACCACCGGCUCCCUGAGACGGCCGAGACGCACUUCGCCAAGCAGAUGUCGGAGAUCCAGAGCGAGCUCAAGUACAAGAAGGACAAGGAGGAUCUGUCCACUAACUUGUACUCUGUGAUGCCCGAGACGCUGGAGACGCAGUUUGUCAAGGAGAUGGCUCAGACUCACAGCGAGGCUAAGUACAAGGAGGCAGGGAAGCAUCAGGCGGCGACGUCUCUCUACUCCAAACUGCCUGAAACUCUGGAGACCAAACGCGCUAAAGAAGUGACUGAGCUGCAGAGUGAAGUGAAGUAUAAGGAUGAAUGCAGGAAGGAGCUGAGCUGCUCUCUGUACUCGCAGCUGUCCGACACGGCGGAGACGCAGUUCGCCAGGGACAUGACUGAGCUGCAGAGCGAGAACAAGUACAAGGAGAGCGGCCGGAGGAGCCAGUCCAUCAGCGUUUUCUCCCAGCUGCCAGAGACCCAGGAGACCCAGUUCGUCAAAUCUGUCUCUGAGCUGCAGAGCCAGAUCAAAUAUAAAGAGGCCGGGAAGAAAGAAAUGCCCGGCGCUCUGUACUCGACUCUGCCGGAGACUCUGGACACGCUGCACGCUAAAGAGGCUUCUGAGCUGCAGAGCCAGGUGAAGUACAAAGAGGACAGUAAGAAGGAGGCGAGCAGCUCUCUGUACCACCAGCUGCCUGAAACCACAGAGACCCAGCUGGCCAAAGAGCUCAGCGGAGUUUACAGCCAGGUGCGUUAUAAGGAGGAGGGGAAGAAGGAGCUUGGCAGGAGUUUGUACUCGGCGCUCCCCGACACGGCAGAGAUCCAGUUUGCCAAGGAGAUGACAGAGAUCCAGAGCGAGACAAAAUACAAGAAAGACAAAGAGGAUCUGUCCACUAACUUGUACUCCCUGCUGCCGGAGACGCUGGAGACGCAGUUUGUUAAAGAGAUGGCUCAGACUCACAGCGAGGUCAAGUACAAGGAGGCGGGGAAGAAGGAGGCGGCUAACUCCCUGUACCACCGGCUGCCGGAGACGCUGGAGACGCAGCACGUUAAAGAGGUCACCCACCUGCAGAGCGAGAACAAGUACAAGCAGAGUGGGAGGAAGACGAUGGCGUCCAGUCUGUACUCCCAGCUGCCGCAGACCGCCGAGACGCAGCUCGCCGCCAAGCUGUCCGACCUGCAGAGCGAGAACAAAUACAAGGAGGAGGGGAAGAAGAGCGUCUCUCAGAGCAUCUACUCUCAGCUGCCGGAGACCGCCGAGACCGAGUUCGCUAAAAGUGUGUCCGAGCUGCAGAGCGAGGCCAAGUACAAGCAGGCGGGCAGGAAGGAGGCGGCCAGCUGCCUGUACCACCUGCUGCCCGAGACGCUGGACACACAGCACGCCAGAGAGGCCAGCGAGCUGCAGAGCCAGGUGAGGUACAGGGAGGGCGGGAAGAAGGAGCUGGGCAGCAGCCUGUACUCUCUGCUGCCGCACACGGCCGAGCUGGACUUCGCUAAAUCCGUCAUGGAGCUGCAGAGCCAGAACAAGUACAAGCAGAAGGGCAGACAGGAGAUCAGCAGCAGUGUUUUCCACCAAAUGCCGGAGACCAACGAGAUCGAGUUCGCCAAGCAGAUCUCCGAGCUGCAGAGUGAGUCAAAAUACAAGAAAGACAAAGAGGAUCUGUCCAGUAACUUGUACUCCCUGCUGCCGGAGACGCUGGAGACGCAGUUUGUUAAAGAGAUGGCUCAGACUCACAGCGAGAGUAAAUACAAAGAGGCCGGUAAGAAAGAGCUGGUCAGCUCUCUGUACGCUCUGCUUCCUGAGACCAAAGAGAUGCAACACGCCAAGGAGCAGACUCUGCUCUGCAGCGAGAAAGCGUACCGGGAGGAGGGGCGCAGGGAGGCGGGCAGCAGUCUGUACGCCCACAUGCCCCAAACCAUCGAGACGGUCUUCGCCAAGGAGCUGAGCCGCACGCAGAGCGACAAGUACUAUAAGGAGAAGUAUAACCAGGAGAAGGGAAAGUCCAGCUACACCAACAUGGAGAAGCUUCCAGAGGUGGAGCACGCCAUGGAGGUCAACAAGAACCAGAGCGAAGUGAGCUACAGGAAAGGUAAACAGGAGCUUCAUAACUACAACGCCGUGGCAGACCGACCCGACAUCAUCAGCGCCACCAACGCUGCCAAGCUGGCCAGCAACGUGGGCUACAAGGCUCAGGCUAAUAAGGCGGUUUACAGCGAUGAAUCCGUCUUGUCCAGAUCCGACAUCCAACACGCUAAAGAGGCCUCUAAACUGGCCAGUCAGGUGAAGUACAAGCAGAGCUUCGACAGGGACCUGAAGGGCCAGAGGCCUCAGUACAACCCGGUCGACUGUCUCUCCUUCAGACACACACAGGCCGCCUCGGCGCUGGCCAGCCAGGUGAAGUAUAAAUCCGGUCAGAAGCAGAAACUAGAAGGUUCCUCCGACCUGCCCAACCUGCUGCAGCUGGAGCACGCUCUGCACGCCAGCAAGCUGCAGAGCAACGUGGAGUACAAGAAGCGGUACGAGCAGUCGAAGGGUCAGUACCAUGUGGCUCUGGACACGGCUGAACAGCUCCACCACAGGGAGAACGCAGUACUGCACAGCCAGGUGAAGUACAGAGAGGAGUAUGAGAAGAACAAAGGUCGGAGUCAGAUGGAGUUUGGAGACACUCAGACAUACAAAGUGUCUAAAGAAGCACAGAAGAUGCAAAGCGAGAGGGAGUACAGGAGGGACUAUGAGGAGCAGAUGAAGGGUAAAGCUCUGCUGGACGUGGACCAGACUCCUGGAUACCUGACAGCCCGACACGCUGGCAGCCUGCUGAGCGAGAAGGAGUACAGGAAGGACCUGGAACAGGAAGUGAAGGGGCGGGGCUUGUCGGGCCUGGGCCUGGAGGAGACACCCGAACUGCUGAGGGUGAAGAACGCCAGUCACAUACUGAAUGAGAGGGCGUACCGCAGGGACUUGGAGACGGAGAUCGUGGGGAAAGGCAUGGAGCUGAGCGCCGAUGUGCUCGAGAUCCAGAGAGCCAAGAGAGCCUCGGAGAUCCAGAGCCAGACGUCCUACAAGCAGACCGACCAGCUGAGAGAAAACUCGUACGGGACGGUGACAGACACGCCUGAGCUGCUCCACGCCUCGUACCUCAAAGACGUCUACAGCCAGAAGAAGUACAAGGACGAGGCAGAGAGGCUGAAGGGAAGCUACAGUCUGCUUUCAGAAACACCCGAGAUGGAGAGAGUCAAAACCAACCAGAGGAACAUCAGCUCUCUGCGGUACGCCUGGGACUCCAAGCUGAUGAAAGGUCUGAUGUCUUCAGUCGCUGAGACGCCCGAGAUCGUCCUGGCCAGAGAGAACGCCAAGAAGAUCAGUGACGUGCGGUACAGGGAGGAGGUGGGCUGUGGGACGGCGGUGAGCGACACACCUGAGCUGGAGCGAGUCCGACGCAACCAGGAGAACAUCAGCUCAGUGAAGUACAGGCAGAGUGGAGUCAAAGCCACGAGUGUGGGAGUGACACCUGAGCUGGAGAGAGUCAAACAGAACCAGGAGAACAUCAGCUCGGUGAAGUACCAGCGCGGGCUGCAGGAGCUGAGGGGGCGGAGCUGCAGCGAGCUGGACACGCCCGAGUACCGGCGCGUCAGGAGGACGCAGGACUCCGUCUCCAUGGUAGCGGCCUGGUUGCCACGGCAGCCGCCCGGCCUGUGGGCGGAGCUAACACGAGUGACGUGACGUGACACCGCAGAGCCCGACCGCUGCACCCGAUACUAACCAGUCAGCACAGAGGACAGAGCACUGUGUGUGUGUGUGUGUGUGUGUGUGUGUAAGAGUGUGUGUGAGGCUGUGAGGGUAUGGGUGUA